AAAACUUCAACACUUCAACUCCGCCAACUCCGCGCUCUCUUCCCUCCCACGGCGCUUCCGCGGCGCGCCGGCCAUGGCGCUUUGGGCAUCGCAGGCCUCGCAGCCCGCAUAUUUGGGGCAGCUGGGAGGGGCCUCUGCGGUGCCCGUGGAGGGGCGGCUGCUGGAGGGGCACACCUCGCCACGGCCGGUGGAAGGGCAGCUGCUGGACUCCAGGCCGUCUGCCCGCCCGGACGCAAGCCCCACGGUGCGCAGUGGUGCACGGCGUGUGGCGAACUCGGAGCCCUUUGAGUUGGUGGAUGAACUCUACAGGCUAAACUCACCUGUGAAGAAGUUCCCUCCUUUGCAGUUCCCCAGUGACCGUGUGCGUGAUGGGAUCCGCGAUGGAACCAAGAAGAAAGUGGCCAAGGAGUUGGGUCUCCAGCACUUCGGACAGCCCGUGAGUCCCGGUGCGUUGGUGCCGGUGCACAGCCGGCAGGUGUUCCUCUUCAGUGACGAGGGUGUGAACGCUGCAGGUCAUGGAGCGACCAACGGCGGUGGAGACUACUUGAUGGGUCGCUUCGAGGUGCUUUCAGUCGUUGCCACUGCGGAUUAUGAUGAGAACUGGCGCUUUGUCCGGAGCAAUACCAGUGAUGCCGCGAAGAAGCCCUUCUGGGUCCUGCACGCCGCGGCGAUCAACAUCGGCGAGACCGAGCGCGCCACGGACUAUCAGGACUAUGCCAAUGAGAUGGGGAAGUUGGAGUUGAUCCACUACAUCGAAGAUAUGGGCCGAAUCUAUGACAAUAUUCUCCAAUCAGCAGAGAAACUGGGUGUCACCAGUUUGGUCUUCUUCCCCUUCGGCAUGGGCGCCUUCCUCCGGAACCUCUACAAGUUGGACGCCGACUACUCCGAGGCCAACCUGCACGGGCAACGCCUCAAAGAGCUGCGGCACGCGCUGGCGAAGCGCUUCGUGAAGGCCGUGAGCGACAGCACCGUGGAACGUGUUCACCUUUGCAUUGCUCCCAGUGGGAAAGGCGAUGAGCUGGAUGCCAAUGCCACCGCCUUCCUCACGGAGAUGUUGUUGAGCAUCAAGAGCGGUCAGCUGAAGCCUCGGGUGAUGGAGGUGCUCCUGAAUGCGGACGCCCUGUCCACAGCCCAGAGGCUGGCUGACGACAAUCGCUGCGUGGGCUUGGUGAACGGUGCCAACCGCCGGAUGGUGGGAAAUCACUGGUUCUCCUAUGGUGCUCGGAUGGCGAUUGAUGAGAACCUCCACCGGCGGAGCUGGCGCAUGGCCAGCACGGCCUAUCUCUUGAACGGCGGUGCGGAGGCGGUGCGACGUCAUCCGGGGGAGCUGGCAGCACGGGUCAAAGGGCUGGGAGGUAAAGUCAUCCCGUUGCAGACGACCAACGAUAGCAGUGACGCCAAGGGUGAGGUGCUGAAGCAGUUCAGGAAGUGGGACACCAGCGGGGAUGGGCGCAUCUCCAAGGACGAGAUGUGCAAGGUCCUGUUGGCGGUGGGAAUUGCGCAGAAAGAUUGCGAUAUCAUCUUCAGUGCCGCAGACUCGAACAAGGAUGGUUUCCUUUCCUAUCACGAGUUCGUCUAUUGGCUCCUUGGAGGACAAAGCCCUCCCAGCCUCACUCCCGUCCGUGUGUAGGUGUGGCGAUUUGGCCCCUCCGCCACCUGAAACUUCCACAGUUUCACCUUAAUGAAAGAGGGUCAAUUGAAGGUGCCACUGUGU